AGUCCUCGGCUCGAUCCUGUGACGCCUGCCAGCUGCCUAUCGGCUUCUCAGUGUUUGAACUUCAAAGGGCUGGACGCUCACCCAAGAAGGGGACCCCGGCCUGACCUCUCUCGGAAUUCAAAAAAAUCUAAGGUUGAGAGAGGGAAUGGGAGGUGGCUCUUCCCUCUGUGUUUAGAAUCCACGUUUUUUUUGGCGGUCUGGCUGAAACCAGCCCACCCUAGUUCGGGCACCAGAGCAACGCGGUUCCGAGGGCAAAUCUCCAAGGGGCGGAGGCAGAGCCGCGGGUGGAUCUUUAACUCAAGACUCUAGCAUGAAGAGUUGCUUUCUGGCCUGCCCUGAGUCUCCUCAAGUAACAAUAGGCCCUUCUGCCGCAGCCAUCCACACGGGAGGCCUCGCGAUUGCUCGGAACCAUCCCGCAGGAGUUCAGCUGAUAUUUUUCUAGUGUGGGGCGAGAGAUUUUGUGGAGUGCAUUUAAGGGGUUUUUGUUGUGACUGCUGCUUUUUAUAUAUUUAUUUUCUUUCUUGGAACUGGGCCUCGCCCUCCUCCCACGGAUAUGAUGGCCCAGUCCAAGGCCAACGGCUCUCACUAUGCGCUGACCGCCAUCGGCCUGGGGAUGCUGGUCCUUGGGGUGAUCAUGGCCAUGUGGAACCUGGUACCCGGCUUCAGCGCGGCCGAGAAGCCAACGGCUCAGGGCAGCAACAAGACCGAGGUGGGUGGUGGCAUCCUCAAGAGCAAGACCUUCUCUGUGGCCUACGUGCUGGUCGGGGCCGGGGUGAUGCUGCUGCUGCUUUCCAUCUGCCUGAGUAUCAGGGACAAGAGGAAGCAGCGGCAGGGCGAGGACCUGGCCCAUGUCCAGCACCCGACAGGCGCUGGGCCUCACGCCCAGGAGGAAGACAGUCAGGAGGAAGAAGAGGAGGAUGAGGAGGCUGCCUCAAGGUACUAUGUCCCCAGCUACGAGGAAGUGAUGAACACAAACUACUCAGAAGCAAGGGGAGAGGAGCAGAACCCGAGGUUGAGCAUCUCUCUCCCAUCCUAUGAGUCACUGACGGGGCUUGACGAGACCACCCCCACAUCCACCAGGGCUGACGUGGAGGCCAGCCCUGAGAACCCCCCUGACAGGCAGAACUCUAAGUUGGCCAAACGACUGAAACCGCUGAAAGUUCGAAGGAUUAAAUCUGAAAAGCUUCACCUCAAAGACUUUAGGAUCAACCUCCCGGACAAAAACGUCCCUCCUCCCUCGAUAGAGCCUUUGACUCCUCCACCGCAGUACGAUGAAGUCCAGGAGAAGGCCCCCGACACCCGGCCGCCCGACUGAAUGGCCCCACUUGAGCCACGCUCCCUCCUGUCUCUCACACCUUUCGACCCCAAGACUCUAACAAAGCCACGUGAGCCACGGUUGAGAAGCGGAGGGGCCAGCUGUGCAUGGAGCCAUUUGGAUGGUGGGGGGGAUUCUGUGUAUCGGGAGUGACUUUGUUGCCCCACACAGCCUCCUGCUGCAGGUGCUUUGGAAAGAGAUGCUGCCUUGGAGCUGGUGAAUCUGUGGACCACACUCAAGGGUGUGGCACAGGCAUCUUCCCAUCCUCUUCACUCCGAAUCACAGGCGACACAUUCUCCUUUCCAGCUAGGAAAGGGUUCCUCGCGGCUGGUUUAGAUUGCAGUUGUUUGUUUUGCUUCUACUAAGACUGUUUUGUUUCAAAAAGGAAACAAGUUUUGUGUUUGCUGUCUACGCUGGAGUCCUGAACUGUGGGUAGGAAAUACGACCUGGCUUUGUAGAAAGGACACAGGGCUGUUUUAUGAACUAAGCGGUGAGGCUCAGGUGGCGGCUCUCGCAGAGCCCCUGAUGCUGUUGUUCUUUGAGGGCUUAAGGCCUGAUGAACUUAGGCACAUGAUGCAUAAUGGUACACUUAACUAGUCUCUUCUGUGUAACAGCCAAAAAGAAAAGAAAACUGUAGGAAAUGUUCUGUUCUUUUUGAAAUGCCAUGCAAUGGAGCUUUUUGUAAUAAAAUAUUUUAUAUGUAGUA